AUGCCACACAGAGUUGUCGAUUUCCUCCGGUCGUCGGCCAAUACACUUGAGUUCCAGGUCUCCACCUUCACAAAAUCCGGCAAGACUUCCCGAAGGCGAGAGAGUCCGACGGGCGCUGCUCGCGUUGCCCGUCACGGAAGCACAGAGCGAGUUGCGCUUGCCUCGAGCGAAGAAGAAGACAGCAGCACCAGCAACACGACGCCACCACGAUCCAUGUCUCCUCUGUUAAGGUCCAGCGAUUCUUCGGAUAGCGCACACACCACCAGCACAACGUCUAGCACUAACACGAGCAAAGAGGUCGUUAGCGCCAAGGACCACCACCACCACAAAGAAAAGGACCAUCAUCACCACCACAGGAUAUCCUUCCCGGGCAUGCACUUCGGCCGUUCCAGCAAAGAUGUGCACGCCAACGCGCCCGCCUCUCUCGACUGGAAGCUCGAGUCGCCUCCGAUUGUUCUUUACAAUGACCCAGAAACGUCCACAGGCGCGCUCGUCUCUGGCCAAAUCUUCCUCAACAUCAAGGAGGACCACGACCUGCUAGAGGUCGAGUUCAUCAACGCCACGCUGAAGAUCCACGUCACGCAAAAACGACCCUUCACUCACCACUGCCACGACUGCACCCACCAGUACACCGAGAUCAAGAAAUGGCAGUUCCUCGACCACCCUCUCGUCCUCGCCAAGGGGCAACACUCCUUCCCCUUCUCCGUUUUGCUCGACGGUCACCUACCAGCAAGCAUGGACGGUCCCCUGGCCUCCAUCGCCUACGAAUUCAAGGUCGAGGCCCUGCCGAAGGUCAACGGCACUUUGCAGCCAGCUAUCAAGUUCGAAAAGAUCCUCGACGUCAAGCGCUCUCUCGCCUCCUCCGAAGUGCCUCACCACAGCAUCCGCGUCUUCCCGCCCACCAACAUCAAAGCCAACGUGCACUACCCCCACCACAUCCACCCCACGGGCACCAAUACGCUGCAGAUCCGCCUGGACGGGAUCGCUAGGCUCAACCCCAAGGCCGGCACGAUGGAGUACUGGAAGCUCAAGAAGUUGACCUGGAGGCUCGAGGAGAUCUCCAAGUCCCUGGCGCCAGCAUGCGAGAAGCACGCUCCCAAGCUUCCCGUCCCCCCAACCCCGGCAGAGGGCAGUGACGCCCAGCCCCAACCACCAAAGGGCCUGCCCAGGACCGAGACCCGCAUCAUCGGCGAGAAAACCAUCUUCUCCGGGUGGAAAUCAUCCUACUCCUCCGCCACCGACUCACACAUCGAGCUCGAACUCGACUACUUCCUCUCCAAAUCCCACUCGUCCCCCGCAGUCUGCGAUACCCGAUGGACCCACCCCGGCACCUCCACCUCGCAGGAGGUCUCGCACCAGCUAAUGGUCGAGAUGGUCGUCAGCCAGGAGUGGGCGCCGGUAGGCAAGCCCAACUUGGUCACGCAUACCGGUGUUGGCAGGAUCCUAAGGAUGCACUUCAGCAGUAUCCUCACGGAGCGCGGAGGCAUUGGCAUUUCGUGGGAUAACGAGGCGCCUCCCAUUUACCAGGACGUCCCCGAGAGUCCGCCAGCCUAUUCGGAGCUGAUGAUGGGUGGGGAGUCGAUGGAUGGAGUAGUGGAGACGCUCAUGUUGCCUAGUGGGCUGGGCAGUGGAAGGUCGAGUGCCGUGUCUAGUAGGGCCCCUAGUAGGAGGGGAUCGGCUGAGAUGCAGAGGAGGUGA